CCCAGCGCUGAUCCAAACAGAUCUUUCUUCCAUGUUCACCUGGCAAUUUUCUUAGGAGAUGAAACCAAGGAGUCUCACACUGUUCACAACAACCAUCCUCCUUUGCCUCAGCAUGGUGCAGCCUAGAAUAAAGAAGAAAAGAGUAACGACGCCAAAACCUGGGUACUGCCCGGAAUUUUUUCUCCCCUGCCCGUUUGUCCGCUUACCCGUAUGCAAGCUUGAUAAAGGGUGCAGGGGCAUCAAAAAGUGCUGUUUCUACUACUGCCAGAUGCGCUGUGUGGAACCUUGGACAACCGCUACUUGAAGUGGAAACCCUUUCUUAACCAAGCCUGGGAAGAUAUGGUGCCAUUGGCUCCAACUUGGAUGGCUGACCUCAAGUUCCUCUGUCUCACAGGCCCCUUUUAUUUGUGGGUUAAAUGCUUAUUAAUAUUAAAGCAAAGCAA